ACUAAGAGGUGAAUUACACAGAUUACAAUAUUAGGUACGAUCGAAUCCAGUGUUUUACUAUAUCAUAACCUAAUGACUAAGAGUAAACAAUUAAGAUUUUGGUAGGUUAACCUGUAAGGGCUGCAGUGUAUUUUGGCUUAAUUUUUAAAUUUCACUCAAAAGCCUGUAUCCUUAACAUUUGUGACCCUACACAUUUUAUUUCGUGUGUAUAUAUACACACUCAUUCAAGAGCAACUCGUCUCUUAAUUGACAUUAUUAGUGGGGGGUGUAUAUUUUGUAUUCGUUAUUGUGGUUGUAGUUUGCUGAGGUAGAAAACUACAAAGUAUUGUACAUAUUGUAUAAAAUUGUGCAGGUGCACCUAAUAUUGUGACGGAUGAAUCCUUAGUAACAUUUAAAGAGGGUGACCUUAUGUGAUAAUAAGGAAAAAUGUAUAAUCCGUUAUUGUUUGCAAAAACUGCUUACGUUCAUUUAUUUGUAGAUGAGGGUGAAAAGUAUUAAUGAAUGAGUUUGGGUGACUUGUUGGCCUUUCAUUUAAAUCUUGACCCAUCUGCUUAUGGCUGUUAAGUCAUGUAUAUGUAACCAACCUUAUCAUUAACCGGAUGAUCUUAAUUGAUUACCAAUUGAAAGAGUUAAGUUAAAGUUAAAGUCCCAAUGAUCGUCACACACACAUCUGGGUGUGGUGAAAUUUGUCCUCUGCAUUUAAGCCAUCCCAGUGUGAUUUUGAUCCAUCCCCUGGGGAAGAGGGGAGCAGUGAGCAGCAGCGGUGCCGCGCUCGGGAAUCAUUUGGUGAUCUAACCCCCCAAUUCCAACCCUUAAUGCUGAGUGCCAAGCAGGGAGGCAAUGGGUCCCAUUUUUAUAGUCUUUGGUAUGACCAGGCCGGGGUUUGAACCCAUGACCUUCCAAGUCUCAGGGCGGACAUUCUACCACACGAGCUGGCAAUUACUGUGAUGUAAUUAAGUCUGUUUUUUUUUUGUGUGCCAGUCAACUAGUUCCAAAGUGACACACCAAAUGCUUGAUAAUGACAUAAUUGGAUGAUUAAUGACAGGUAUUUUCCCCCUGCACCUGUUUAUGAGAUGUCAUGAUGCACAUGCAAGUAUUGUUACAGUCUGCUAGGGUUUGAAUAUUUAUCUGAAUAUUCCUAAUUAUUAUCCAAUGAGGCUUGAUUCUUUUUUAUUUUUUAUCCGUGCUAAAGCACUGUCCUCUGCAUUUAACCCAUCCCCGUGUGAUUUUAAUCCAUCCCCUGGGGAGCAGUGAGCAGCAGCGGUGCCGCGCUCGGGAAUCAUUUGGUGAAGUAUUUGAGAACCAUAUGAAGUUGAGUUCUUACAUUCUACUCUUACUUUUUUGUGUGCAAAAACAUUGUAUGAUUCAUGACCUUAAAGGUUUUGGCAUGAUUUUUUAAAAUAAAAUCAACCGGCUACGAAUGUAGCUUUGCAAGCACACGAUUACUACAAGUAAUAUACAUGGCCCUUUUUCACUUUUAGUGCACAGCAUAUGCAACAUUUUAUGCAUUUUGGGCAAACAAACAAACAAACAAACAAACAAACAAACAAACAAACAAACAAACAAACAAAUAAAUAAAUAAAUAAAUAAAUAGUCUUUUCAAUCCAUGGAGCCAAAUAUUUGCAUUAUCUUCCACAAAUUGCUUGUUUUUCUGCAAUGCAAUGUAAUGUUUUUUUUUCUUUUUUAUGUUUUGUUUAUUGUAAUUAUAAAAUAUUUUGGUGUGCACAUAUCACGAGUGCUGCUCUCACACUUCCACGCAAGCACACAUAAUGGAAGAGCAGGAGGUCCGUCUGGUUUGUCUGCAUUUCUCGCUUGUGCAGAAUCGAAUGGAAAUCACAGCAUUGUUCUGUCAAAGUCACGCCCACAUGAGUCAUUUACAAUCUAUCUAUCUUAUCUAAUGGGACUUUGGCCUUCCGUGUUCCUUCCAACUUGUGUCUAUAAAAAUGAAACAACCAUAUAUUAUGAGUUAAUUUUGACUUGGAGUAGUUUUUGUACAUUACUGCCUUUCUAUUUCUUUCUGCUCUUCAAUUCUCUGACAAUAAUUUUGGUAUAGUGCUCCAUUGUUGUGUAGACAAUGGCCAAAUGAGGCAUGUGAAUGAUUUUGUUUGUCUCCCCUCUCAUUGAGAGAAACUUGGCAGUGGUCAUAUCAGAUUAAGAUGAGUUUUCUGUUUUUACUAUCUCUAUAGCACAUCAUCUUAUCAGAACACACAUGGAAGCACACGUGGGCUCCUUUGAAGUUAAUUUUUAAUGGAUUUCAGAGUGACAUAUGAAGAUUACUGCUAUUUAAACUCCGAUCACAUUUGGUGUUGCCUUAGAACUGUCAUUGUCAAAAAAAUUUUUGGUCCUCUGUCUCGUUCAUUACUUUGAAUGUGUAGCAAAGCUUCUCGAUCAUGGCUGGAUAUCUUACAUGGCUGUGGAGAUAUAGGAACUAUAUUGUGAUAGUUCUCACACCUCUUCUACUUCUGCCUCUGCCUAUUGUCAUCCCCACCCCGGAGGCAAAAUGCGGCUUUGUGAUCAUCCUGAUGGCGCUGUACUGGUGUACAGAGUGCAUCCCUCUGGCUGUGACGGCCUUGCUCCCUAUUAUCCUUUUCCCCAUGAUGAAGAUCAUGCCGUCAGAGGAGGUGUGUAUCCAGUACCUGAAAGACUCCAACAUGCUCUUCAUUGGUGGGUUGCUGGUGGCCAUCGCUGUGGAGCAUUGGAACCUGCACAAGAGAAUUGCCCUCCUAGUCCUGCUAUUUGUCGGUGUCAAACCUUCACUACUGAUGAUAGGCUUCAUGGGCACAACAGCGUUCCUGUCCAUGUGGAUCAGUAACACAGCAUCCACGGCCAUGAUGCUGCCCAUCGCCAAUGCCGUGCUGCAGCAGCUCAAUGACUCAGAGGCCAAUGCUGAAGAACGAGCCAAUGAACUCCGCGCUGCCAGGGAUGGCUUGGAAAACCAAGGCUUUGAGAUGACUGACUCUACCAAGUCCAAGGAGGUCAAACUAGAGGACAGGCACAUUAACAUGGAUGUAGAUAAUAUGUAUGUGGCGGACAAUGAGGUUCCAAAGGGUCACUCUUGGAGUCCAGAGAUGGCGCAGCAGCAUAGAAACAAGCGAGAAGAGAAGUACAUGAACCUGACCAAAGGCAUGAGUCUGUGCGUGUGCUAUGCUGCCAGCAUUGGAGGGACAGCCACUCUGACGGGAACCACACCCAAUGUCAUCCUGAUGGGUCAGAUUAAUGGGCUUUUCCCUCAAAAUGGUGGCAUCAUCAAUUUUGCAAGCUGGUUUGGCUUUGCAUUCCCCAACAUGGUUCUCAUGCUGGCCUUAGCUUGGUUGUGGCUGCAGUUUAUGUUUCUGGGCUUUAAUCUGAAAGAGACAUUUGGAUGUGGUGCAAAGAGCGCAGGUGACAAGGAGGCCUACCAGGUAAUCAAAGAUGAGUACAAAAAAUUGGGCAGGAUGAGCUUUGCAGAGGCCGUUGUGCUGAUUAUCUUCACGCUGCUGGUUCUUCUGUGGUUUACCAGAGAGCCUGGCUUCAUACCAGGCUGGGCCACCGUUCUCUUCAACCAAAACAAAGUGUAUGUCACAGAUGGCACUGUGGCCAUUUUUAUGUCAACGCUCUUCUUCUGCAUCCCCUCCAAAUUUCCCCUAUGUGGCCGGUCGUCUGAGGAGGGACCCGCACCUCCUCUGCUAACUUGGGAAACUGUCCAUGAAAAAAUGCCUUGGAACAUCCUUUUGCUCCUGGGAGGCGGCUUUGCUCUCGCCCACGGUAGUGAGCUAUCCGGGCUGUCCAAGUGGUUAGGAGAAAGUCUGGAACCGCUGCAGAGUAUCCCUCCUUUUGCCAUCUCCAUCUUGCUGUGUCUGAUGGUGGCCAUGUUCACGGAAUGUUCCAGCAACACUGCUACCACCACUCUGUUUUUACCAAUACUCGGUGCAAUGGCCACCGCCAUUAAAAUCCACCCACUUUAUGUGAUGUUUCCCUGCACCAUUGCUGCUUCCUUGGCUUUCAUGUUGCCUGUGGCCACGCCCCCCAACGCCAUCGCCUUCUCCUAUGGCAACCUUCGAGUCAUGGACAUGGCCAAGGCUGGAUUCAUCCUAAACUUCCUUGGGGUCAUCACCAUCAACAUCGGCAUUAACACUUGGGGGGUGGCCAUGUUCGAUCUGAACACCUUCCCCAGUUGGGCAAAUGUUACUGAAGUUCCUUGAAUUUCACCUCAAGAAAAAACGGUGCCAGCAAGUAACACUUUUUUAUUUCUGGAUAAUCAAACUGUGUUUAUUGAGCAUUUAGACCUAUCACGGCCAAAUCGACUUGCUCUGGUGAACACGAGGACUCAUUUUGCUAAUAUUUUUAAUUGAUUACACACAAUGCGGUGGAAAAAAUGUGCAAGAAUUCCACUGGAAAUUUUAAGAAAAGAAAAGGUAAACUAUGAGAAAUAAUACUUAAAAUAAGCAAAAUUCUCUGCAACAGAACAAGAAAGUUUUACUUGACAAACAUUUGAAAAAUAAGAAAAUAAUAGUUGGCCCAUAUCUACAGCAGUCUUGAAAGUAGUAUUUUUAGACUUAAAACCAGUAAUAUAAUUAAAAUGAUAAAAAGAGCUAAUUUGACACAUGAAAAAAUAAAUUAACACAGAGAAAUAAGCAGAUUUAGGUCGAAUUUAAGAAAUUAUAUCUUACUUAAGAUUUCCCUUUUUACAUUGUGUAUGUAGUCACAUCAGUUAGAAGCUACUAAAUUUGUACCUAUGUACAUAUUUCUGAGCCACUACAAUAAUCACUCCAGUACAUUAACAUUAUAUGAUCAACUGCAAGAGUUGUAUCAACAAAUCUGCGCUUGUAUUAAAUCUCAUUAGUUUUCACAGGGGUGCCUAAUAAAGUGUUCAUAGAGUUUUUAUUUUUGCUGUUGUCCAAAUACAGACAUUUCAAUUGUAAACAGUUAAAUUUCAUUCAAUUCCACUUCAUAAUGUAUUAUUGUUCUGGGAAAUAAAGGAUGUGUUGUUGUUUUACAUACUGCGGUUACAAGUGAGCUGAUAUGUUUCGUAUGCGUGCUGCCCGAACUUGACCAUAUGGAAAUAACCAAGUUUUAAUGUGAUUUUUGAAAAUGUGGUUGUUACUCUAAAAUUGAUUGUAACCUUUUUUUUUUUUUCAUGUGAGUUAUGUUCAGCUUCUGAGACAAUAAAUAUUGUAAAUGUAAGAGAAAUGCUCAUAAGUGGAAUCAAAUGAGUUGCUGUGACCUUUGCAUGAUCAGGACAGGGAUCUUGGACUGGGACAAAAGACAAAUCCUUUCAAAGAGGUCAAUGUGAAAGUCAGCAAAAUGAUUCGAAAGGAAUUUGGGUAUAGAAAACUGAUUGGAAUCAUUUCAUUGAGCUCUUUGGCAAUAGGCCAGGUGUUUGCUGAAUGCUGGAGGGAGGUUGAAAAUGUUGAUUCUGUUGAACCACGCUCAUUCUUCUUCUUCUUGACUGAUGGACAUCAUUUGAUAUCACAAGCGGUAAGACGCUCCCGUCAAACUGUGAAUGUUUUUUUGUUUUGUUUUUAAAUCAUUUUGUGUGAUUUUGUCUUUUAUCAUGUGUAAAUUCUCAUUUGUUCUUCUGAGGUGACUGACUUAUUUAGUAUUAUUUUUGAAUAUUUCGGCCCCAGUAAGCUGUGAGAAUUCCAUUUGACAAGACAGCUGCGAGUUUUCAUCAUUGCAGUAUAUGUAUAUAUAUAUACCCUUGGGGAUGGGAAUGUAAUUGCCACAUUCAUAUACACGCUCCCUGAGCCCAAAAAAAAGUCAAGUCUUCAUGCAGCUGUGUGGUCUUUCAAUAGUUUUAAUAUUCCCAUAAAAAUGUCUAAUAUGGAAUUCAAUUUCUAGCUCUCCACUUGUAGUCCUUAUAAACUCAUGCAA